CAACUUAUUCAUUCUGUUUAGGACAGUGCAGUCGCGUAGUACGAAGGUUAAAGCAAUCCGACAGGUGUUCCUACCUCGCGGUUCAAUCGUUCAACAUCGGGCAAUAACGGCUCUUUCAUUAGCAACGCGAAAGACAGCAAUAAAAUUAAUUUUAUUGAAAAUAUAUUUAUAAUAGCUAGCAAAAUUGUUUGUAUUGCGAUACAAGUUGAAUAGCAUCAGAGGAGAGGUUCAAAACUACAUUUGUGUAGGUACGUCAGAACUUACUCACCACAACAAUAAGCAUAAUGUCAGAAUAUUCACUUCUUCAGCAUCCUAAUGGACUUUUUUGUUUGUGGUUUGAUUGCACUGCACUUUGGUGGUAAUUAAAUUACCGCAACCAUAAUUGCUACAAUAAUGACAACACUGCUGGCUUUUGUACGUUUUUUACCGGUGUUCAACAGAAAAAUUGCACAUGCAUACAUAUAUUACAACAGAUACCUGCGGAAUCUUGUUCACUUUAUGAUCAAUUUCCACUCACCGACGUGAACAUCGUACUUAUGGCACAGCUAUGUAGGUGUAUGAGUAUUAUGUGCUUUAAAAUAUGAAAGAGGAAGAAAGUGUUUAAAACAUUUGCAUAAACAUCCGCGUAGUAUAUAAACUUGGGAAAUAAAAUAAUCUAUAACUGGCUUUGAAACACCUUUAUAGUACUUACUCACCCUUUCAACAUUUCCCACAAAUAUGUUUCAAUCAGCAGUCUUCUGUAAAGGAUUAUUCUAUUUGGCGACAUUCUCAGUGCUGACACAUUUUUUAAUAGAGCCAGUAAUUGGAGUAGUUAAUGAAAAAGAAGAACAAUUCACGAAUGGCGCGGUAUACAAGAACGAUUUUGAACCCCUCACAUUACACAAACGACCCUCCUUCUUUGUUGGCAGUCGAUAUGGCCGAUCCAGUGGCGGUGCUGCACUAAGCUCUUCGAAGACACGCCGUCUAAGUGUGGUACCUCGUAACGAUCGCUUCUUUUUGGGUUCACGGUAUGGAAAGCGCUCCGAAGAAAAUUCCGCUGCAGAAUUCUAUUCGCCAUAUGAGCAAGAAAAUCAACUUGCCAACAACGAUGCUAUUAACGCUAUUAAUGGUUUAUCAUUACAACAUAAUGGAGUUAAUAAAUUGCCAUACGGUGAAAGUAAUAAUAUGCUGGAAAAGCAACAACAAGAACAAAUACAAACACCUUUAAUGAUGUCUUGCGUAUAUACUGGCUUGAGGAACUUCUUUCGCUGUCGCAAUAUCGAUGAGAUCAAUAACAUUAUCAAUCAGUUGACGAUUGCUCACAGCGUCGAGGAGAGAAAGUAAAUGAUAUAUGAGCAUUAUUAAAAGUAUUAAGCAGUUGUGAGUUUACAGGAAUAUUAUGUUUUGUUCACUCAUAAUAAUAUCGCUAGUAGCAAAAAUUUAUUACUAUAAAUAUUUUACGGCUGUACCAAAUCUGGAAAAUUAAUAUGAAGUGCUCUCGCGUUAACUCUAAUUCUCACAAAUUCGCGUUUUCUUCAUUGACUACUUCAUAACUCUUCGUUUUAACUUGAAGAAAAGUUAAGUACAAUUAAAACUUUUUUAAAGAAACGUCACCAUCCAAUGGCCAACAACAAAUGAGUCCUCCAAUGAUAAAGGAUAAUUUGUCGACAUUUUAAAUACCUAAUCAUAAAACUAUUGAAGAACGCUGUUUUAAUUAAUUUGAUUACAACAGAAUGCGCUGUUAUUAAAAAAUAUGAGUAUAAAGUGAUGUGAACAUUUGUUAAAGAAUUCACUUAUUAAAUCUGAACUUAUGUACAUGCGUAUCUGUAUCGGAAAGUAAAAUCGCCCUAAGUUGAUUUCAAAGAUUAUAAAGAAAUAUUCUGAUUAUUUCAAUUUAGAACUUAACAAUAUUUUCUAGAUACACCAGACAUAUGUAUGUAUGUAUAUUCGAGUGUAGACAAAACAAAGCGAAAUUAUUUUACCCUUAAUAAAUUACGUACUCACCUAUAUUUACAUUUACUGAAUUAAUAUUUGUCUUUUCAGCACAGAUUUUUUAUGUAAUAAUUAAGCAAAAAAAAAAAAUUGUUAUGAAAUUGGCACUGGUUUACAUAAAAUGUGAAAUUAAAAUUUUGAAAAAGGGCUGGAUAAAUUUUAAUUGUCACGAAAUCACGAGCUUAGCCAAACUGCGAACGAUAUGUCUUAAAUAUAUGUAUAUAUAUAUAUUUUUUUCAAAACCAAAAAUUAUAAAUAUAUAGGAUAACUGUAAAUAAUAUUGUAAAAACAUACAAAAUAGUCGAUAAUUAUUAAUCUAUCUAAAUAUCUAAAAUAAAUAAACGGAGCAUACAUUUAUCUAAUUACAGUGACAUCUAUGUAGAAGUGUACGAUAUGUCCUAUGU